UCACCUGCCACUUUCAGCUGCCUGCGUCAAUCUGGUUGAAUGGACGUCGCUCUCCAGACUUCUAUCUGAUUGGUCCAUCCUUGAUUUAGGGGUGGGCGCUCCCUCGCACAUACUGAAAUUCUAUUGGAGGAGAGACUCCUAGGGUUAACGUGACGCAGUUUGGAAUUCCCAUGGUUCCCAAGUUUACAAGACGAGAAGAUCGUUGUUUUUUCUAAAAUUUCAAACUUUUUGACGGAAAAACAGCCAGCGACUUUUCUGAUCUGAAGCUGAAUCUUGUCUCGUGCAACGUGAGCCUGCAGGGGGCGAUGUCUGACAGCAGCCACAGCACAGGCAGCAGCGGCUCCUCCACCAACAGCUGGACCCUCCUCUCUCCUGAGGAAGCUGCCAUUGAGAAUGUGGGUCCUGUGGAUGACGGCACAGAGAGCCUAGGCGAUGCUCCCAGUCUCUCCGAGGAGGUGGCAGGAGCUGCUGCAGAGUUCAAACCAGCUGAGAUCCCAGUAGAAACGGUCCUGUCUGAAGAAGGUCAUCAGAUUUGUCAGGAGACCACUCCAGACUCCAGUGAAGGUCCAGUCCCGUCUAGUCCAGCCCGGCUGAGUCCUCUUCCACCCAGUUCCCAAGACGCUUCCUACUUGGACCCAGAGAGUCAGCCACCAGUAAUCCACGAUAUCGUAACUACCUCCCCCAGCGACAACGAGCCCCAAGGUGCCAUGACUUUUGUCACCACCAUCGAUUUGGAAGCUCGCUUAGAUAUUCCAGCUGCUCAUCUCAAUAUUCCAGCUGUUGAAAUCUCCGCAGCUCACCCCAAAGAGUCCUGUGCUGAGAUCACCGGCCCUGCUGAGACUGGGCUUGACACGGCAGCCGAUUCUGGACUGAUUCCUGCACGUCUAUCUGGGGAGGGUGACACCUUGAGUGCAGAUCCCGAGGUUAACGUCCCUACGGAGACGCUUACAGACAAGAAUGCUCCAUCUCAUGUGGAAGCUGAUAUAAGCUUUGUUCCUAAAAGCACAGACCCUCCACACACAGCCCCAGAGAGCCUGGUGACAGAACAUCUACUUACUCCUGAGACCGUCGGUCCCUCAGAGACCAAGGAAGACGAGGCCGGCGUCAAAGAUGAGGCUGAAAAGCUAUGCGACAUCAUCGAUGACGGAGAGGAUGAAGAAGAGCCACCCAGCAGCUUCGACGACGGCCUGAGGAGGAGGAACGUGUCCUCCUUUGAAGCUCCAAGAGCAAGAACCUCAGAUGAGGAGGAGGAUGAAGAGGAGGUGGAAUUCAAGCUGCCGGAAAAGAAGGAGGAGAAGUCGUGGCUCUCCACGAACAAAUGCAUUGCGGGCGCUUUGGUCCUGCUCUUCUUGGGUUCCCUUUUUUUCUCAGGUGACUUGGACCCCUCUGAACUGACUGAAAACCAGGACGGGCUCAGCGGCGAUCCACAGGAUAUGAAAGAGAUGCUGGAUAAACUGACACAGGAAAACCAACAGAUCACCGAGCUAGAGGCUCAGCUACAGACUAAAAAAAAAGAACUUGACUCUCAGAUGGAGGCCGUGGCAGCGAGCGGAGACUAUAACGGGAAAGCAGAUUUGGAAAAGGAGAAUUCCCGGUUGAAGAUGGAGCUGUCGAUCCUGCCGGAGCUGAAGAAGGAACUGGAGAGUCUGAGGGUUCGAGUGACUGAACUCAGCAAACUCACAGCUAGCGCAGAAACUCUCCCGCCUGCUUCCAGUUUAUCUUCUGCUCCUGAAGACGUUCAGGGUUUUCACCAACCUGCUGGAGUGGAGAGGAAGAAGGACACAGACGUGGAACGAAACCUGAAAAAAGAGCUCAAACGACAAAAAGUUCUCCUGGAGGAGAGCAAGAAGCGACUGGGCGGGAUGAACAAAGAUGGAGGCGACGGAAAGCGAGUUCGGGAAAGCUUGGAGGGCAUCCAGAGGAGACUUUCCGAGCAGGUGGAGAGGUGGGAGAAGACCAAGUCCCAGGGGUCAAAGUGGAGAGGAAACAACGGUAAACAUAAGGAGCAGUGGAAGAAGGAGAAGAAGCACAAAGAGGAGAAAAAGGAGAAGGAGUGGAAGCCCCAGAAGGAAAACUCUCACAAAGAAGCCUGGAGGAAACACCAGGAUGAGUGGGAGAGGAAGAAAGGGGAGCGCAGGACGGACCGGGAGGAGAGGAGGAAGGAGAAACCCUGGCACAGCCGACCAGGUAAAAACCCUCCUCCUCAUCAACGCCAGCAUCAUCAGCGCCACAACGACUUCUGGAAAGACCAGGAGCAGAAGCUCCACCGGAAUGUUGGCCGCCAGCUGGGCUGCACCUCAGUGGAGGGCUGCGCCGCCAGAGAGGGGCUCUACCCGGUGGAGCUGUCCGAGUUCGAGCUGCUGUUGGAGGGCUACCUGGGCAAGCUGGAAGGCUCCUCCAACGAGAGCAAAGACAAGAUCCGCAAGCUGACGGCGGACUUCUUCGAGGACGGCAUCUUCAUCCACGAUAGGGUUCGCUUCGGGGACUUCGCCGAGGAUGUGGCGGACGUCCUGGAAGACAUGGUGGACGUGUUGGAGAGAGGAGGUGGGGAGGACUCUCUGGAGGAGGAGAUGGAGGAGUUUGAGCGGGAGGCCUUGUGGAAGUUUGCAGCUUAGAAGCGGACAAAGCGAUUGACGCAGCGAGCAGGCUGGGGUUUCGGGACAUUCUGACCCACCUUCUCCUCUUCAGAGCCGUAACCAUAGAAGCUUUUGGUCCAGAGCGGUCUUACACGUGCCCCUAACGUCUCUAAUUAUAAGCUAGAUUUGUCAUUUUGGGCUUAGCUGUUGUUACCUACCUCUGUCUGGUCAUGCCUCCUGAAGCAAUGUGCCGUGUGCUUAGUGCUGUAAACGCUGCAUGUUCCUGUCUGUACAUAUAAACUAAAAAACGAAGAAUUUAUUUAGAUAUUCCUGCAAAUCUACAAUAUAUGGAUUCAUCUAUAGAGUUAAUGCAACACUGCAUAAAAAAUGAGACGUCCUGGAGCUUGAUUUUGCUACAAAUCUAAUUUUAAUUCGAUAGAUUUUCCAGUCGAGGAGGAGUAGUGAUCGUAAUCUGAUCUGGUCAGACCGGUUUCUCUGUUAGCCUUUUUUGAAAUUUGAAUAAACAAACGACGGACGGUUUAAGAGCGCUAAACUACUUCUCACCCUCUGACUCACCUCUGACGGCUCUAUUUCUGCUCAAAACACAAAGUCAGAACCAUAAACAGAAUGUUUAAAUUGUUUCUUUGUGGUUUUUACGGUUGCCAGACUCUGUAUUCCCAAAGCAUUCUGGGUAAAAAGUAGAGUAUGAUUCCCCAAAGUGGCGAUUGCAACCCCAAACCGUUCCCUUCUUGUUUUUCAUCACUACUGACGCGCAUGCGAGUGAUUUAGAUGUAGACUUUUGAGUUCAUUCAAAUAAGUCGGCCUAAAGUGAAACGAGAACAGCACAAAGUUUCAGUGUUUCCAUCUUCACGUGGAUUUAAAUUCACAAUUUGUAUUUAUUCUGUCACUCCUCUGCUGCUGCUGCUGGACGUGUGGUUUUUUGUUUGUUUGUUUGUUUUGUUUUAAUGGGAGGAGCCCCAGAUUUGGUCCUGAUCCGUUUCAAGCUGAAUGUCAAAAUGGUUUUCAUAAAUUUCAGCUGCUGCUUAUGUGCCUUUAUUACAAAUUAAUCCCUUGGAUUGGACGGGAAGUCUGGAGAUGUUUACACCACUUUAAGUUUUCCUGCUAUUUAAAGAGCAGAGGAUGAAUGUUGUUAAGUUUUUGACCAAAGGGGUUUGAAGGAAAGUGUUUUUCAUCCACCGUCUACAAAUUGAAGUAGAAGUUUAAAAUCUGAAAGUGUUCCUGUCUUCCUCAGACAGCAUUAGGGCUAAGAUGUAAAGGAGUUGGCUUACAUGUGAAUGGAAGUGAAGAUAUUUAAUUUUCUCAGCCUCGCCUGUGUCCUGUUUUUAUGAAGUGAAUGUUGAGUUCAAUAAAGUUUCACCAUUUGAAUUGUACCUGUUGUUAUGGAGUCAAAUGUGGCGGGGCCCUAAUAAAACUCUCAGAAAGCCUUUA